AUGCCAAACUCAAGCGAGUUCUCUCUGGUUCUAGCUAGCUAGUGCAGAGCUCUGUAGAUCACUGGCAAUCAUGGAUUGUAGACUUGACUGUGAGAGUACUGUCAGGAACAAGUGCGCAGCCUGUUUCAAACAAUACAACAAAAUAGAGCAUUUAGUGGAACACAUGAGGUCGUCAUUUCACUCUGUGCAUGAGCCCAAGUGUGGAGUGUGUCAAAAGCACUGCAGGUUCUUUGAGUCUCUCCGGGAACAUGUCAUAGGUCCACUUCCCAAGGCCGAAUGCGCAAUGGCGUUCAGCACUCGAGGCUGCCAUCUGUGCCUGAGCAUCUUCGAUAGCCCCGGUGCUCUUCGAGCUCACCGCUCCACCUGCCAACUGUCGCGCAAUGCUCCUGGGAUGGUCUCGUGGAUGUCGAGGUUGAGCUUGCAGGGGGCUUCGUCGGAUUAUGGCUCGAGGCCAAUGCAGGCCGUGGCUUUGGCGUGCAAGAUGGUAGGAGGAGGAAGCGACGGCUCGCUGGACCUUUGUGCGAGGGUCUGCUUGGUCGGUGAAGAUGAGAACCUCAUUUUCCAAACUUACAUCAAGUCCCAAAUCCCAGUCACAAACUACAGGUACGAGACGACCGGCAUCAAGCCUGAGCACUUGAGGGACGCAAUGCCGCUGAAGCAGGCGCAGAGGAAGAUUCAGGAGUUGCUCACCGGAAGCGAACCGACUUGGAAGAUACGAUCGCGAGGAGGGAAAGCGAGGAUCCUUGUGGGUCACGGCCUCCACCACGACCUCGACUGCCUUGGCCUCCAAUAUCCAGCAUUCUUGAUUAGAGACACAGCGACGUAUCCACCGUUGACGAAGACGAACAAGCUCAGUAACUCACUCAAGUACUUGACACAAGCAUACCUUGGGUAUGAGAUCCAAACUGGAAUCCAAGAUCCGUACGAGGACUGUGUCUCGGCGAUGAGACUAUACGUGAAGAUGCGAUCACAGAAGCAUGACCGUGACUACUCGUCGGGCUCCGGCGAAAGCCGGAACAGUUAUCCGGCGUGGAGACAGAAGGAGCUGGAGAAGAUGACGCCGGAAGCGUUACUGGAGCUGUCAGUUUCCGACUUUUAUUGCUGGUGCUUGGACUCUAAUUAAGAUAAUUAAUUAAGCCACAGCUGCA